CAGUUUGGCCCGCCAUGUUCUUCUCCGAGGCGCUCCAGGCCAGCGAGGCUGGCCUUACUGUAAGGCCUUCCUCUCUACCUUCAGAUACCAGAGAAAUGAAUGUGUUCUUUUCACAGGGAUUGGGCAAGGGAAGGACAAAAAAUACUGUCUGGCAACAGAAGACUGAUCAUACAAUGAAAGGCAGUAUACUGUAAUGGCUAAGAACAAAGUUUCUGGACUCAGAACCAGCAUCAGAUCAGAUCUGCCACUUCUUGAUAAUGAUGCAGGGACUGAUGAAGUGGCAAAAUGGCCCGAUGAGCUCAUCGCACUCUGGGGAGCCCAGUACAACAUCAGCGCCCUGGUCACCAUUGCUACUAAGACCUUCCUGUGUUACAAUCGGCUACGGGCACUCAUCGCCAGCAUCCGUCGCUUCUACCCAAAGGUCACCCUGGUCAUCGCCGACGACAGCAACAAGCCAGAGAGCAUUAGCGGUCCCCACAUCGAGCACUAUCUCAUGCCUUUUGGCAAGGGCUGGUUCGCAGGCCGGAACCUGGCCGUAUCCCAGGUAACCCCCAAGUACGUCCUGUGGGUGGAUGAAGACUUCGUGUUCAUCGCGCGGACGCGGCUGGAGAGGCUUGUGGACGUGCUGGAGCGGACGUCGCUGGACCCAGUGGGUGGCGCGGUGCACGAGAUCUCCGGCUUUGCCACCACCUACAUGGAGCCUGGCGCCCAAGGCCGCGGGAACUGCCUCCAGCAAAGGCACAGCUUCCACCACGAGCUCGUCGGCUUUCCAGGCUGCGUGGUGACCGUCGGCGUGGUCAACUUCUUCCUGGCGCGCACCGACAAGGUGCGCGAGGUUGGUUUCGAACCCAUGCCUCAGCCGCGUGGCGCAUCUGAAAUUCUUCUUGGAUGGGCUUGGUUCCCUUCGAGUGGGCUCCUGCUCAGGACGUCGUUGUGGAUCACGCAUCUAAGCUGA